ACACAGGGGUGUGUGUUAAAUGUUGGGGGUUUUGUGACAUCACCAGGUUAAAGUACCCAAUCAGCAUGCACUCUGGAGAAAAUUAUUUAGUGGGGUGUUUCCUAUAAUAUACUGUAUUCAAGUCUCUUAAAGAAAGAAGCAGGAAAAAAAGGGUAGCCAUGCCAUGGAUUUUGUUUGGUGUCUGGGGGGCACUGAAAACCCUGCUUUUUGCAGCUCAGCAAUGAUCCUCUGCUCAAAGGCUUGCCUGCCUGUUUUUAAAGAUUGGGCUGAUUAAGAGAUGGGUGAGAUAAUUUGAUUCCAAGAAGAAAAGAUAGGAGGAGGAGGAAAAAAAAUAACUGAGAGAAGAGACAUUUUUCUCCUUUGGACUUCUCUGGGGAUGUUUAGAGAGUGGAGAAUAAAGCACUGAGAAAAGAAGAGGCAGCUCUGCAUUCUCAAGAGAUGCAUUUGAAAGGAAAAUUUCUCACUCAGCGACGAGUGCUUGAUUUGGGGAAGGGGGAUAGAUGGGAAAUGGGAAGAGGUUGGAAGAAGAGCCGUUUCUACUAGCUCCCCACUGGCGUCCUCCCUGCCUACCUUUUAUUUUUAUUUUAAACAUGUUUCUGACCUGCGGGAUGGCUCCAGCUGCGGCUUCCGCUGCCACUUCAAUGGAUUACAAUGGAGAUUUCCAAGCUGGUUAUCAGGAAAUCGACGGCAUCAAUCUGGGUUACCUGCAAAUUAACGGCACGAAGAUGUUUGCUCUGACCCAGGUCUUCAGCGACCUUUUUAAGGACAUUCCUCGGGCCGCCGUGAGCAAAAAAAUGGAAAGCCUCAACAUCCAGAGUCGCCGGUGCGACCUGAAGGAGCUGCGCACUCUCAAAGCCAUCCAGUCGGUGCCAAUGCGCGCCGUCAAGUGUUCGCUCAUUUCCAAGACCGACCUGGAGGCCCUCUGCAUCUCCUGCAAGGCCUUAACCCCCAGGAAGAGGAAGAGGAAGAGGAAAGUCAAAAGGAGGGAAGCCGAGGUCCUGUUCGAUCGGCCCCGGUUACUCCCGGCGUAUGACGAACCCGAUCACCACGCCUUUCGUGCCAGUUUGGAUGCAGGCUGCGCCAAGCGCGAAGCGCUCUUCGCAGCUCCAUUUGCUAGGAGUUACGAGAAAGCCGCGCCGCCUUCCAAAAGCUACAGCCGGAACGGUAGAGCGCACCUCCUGGCCGGCGUCCUCAACGCUUACCCAGGGGACUUGCAAUUCUUACACUCGGCAGUCAGGGCGCACGGAACCGGUCAACCGGCUUGCGAGCCGGAGAUCGGGCGCCCUAAGCGCUCCACUUGUGGAUGCCUGGCCAAGAAAGGUCGCUCGGCCUCUAUCGCCGGCUCCAAGAGGCAAGGUACAUCGGCUGGCUUUUCUAGUGAUUCAGAUUCCAGCGGUGCGUCAAGCCCGGCAAGUUCUAGCGAUUCUUCGGAAGAUGAGGAGGAGGAAGACGACGACGAAGAGGAGGACGAAUCUUCCUGUAGUAGCGAAGACGGCAGCUCCUCCGGAUCAGAAAGUAGUUCUCUAUGCAGUGGCGAUUCCGUGCAAAGCACGCGGUAUAGACAGGCCGCCCUUCCCCGCAUCCCUCCCCAAAAUGCAUCUUCCCAAGUCCUCCCCAGUGUGGCCAAAGCACUGCGCCCCGACCCGAACUUGAUCUUUUGGGCCAGGACGUUGCGCGCCUCCACUUUGGAAAGUUUCAAGCCGGUUCCCACCACUACGCUUCAGCAGGACAGACCGGAGACUCGGCAUGCUCGUUCGGUCGGCCCUAGCGAAAGACCGCAGCCAAAGAACGGAGGCGUCAGGGAGUCGUUGGAGUUGGGUGUCCAGGAAGGCGAAGAGGCCGAUUUUCUGAGCAUUCCUGAUCGUGUCCGAGCCGGCGAACGUGAUAAAACCGAGGAAGCUGCGCUUCAGCAGACCUCCGAGGAAGGGUCAGGCAGAGGGGCCCAUUUCGACCGGCUCAUCAGGCAAUCGAAACUGUGGUGCUACGCCAAAGGGUUCAACGUGGAUGGGAAAGUCUUGCGCAGAGCCGAGCAGGCCAAAGGGUGUCCCCCCACUUCCAAAGCUGGCCUUCUCAGCCUGGCCAACAGACCGCUGAAAGGAAGCAGCGAUUCGGAAAGAGGUGCCAGGAGAAGUCGAGUCGAACAGGCCAAGGGGAGGCCCCCCAAGAUUCCGAGGAAGAAGACCCCAAAGGGGGGCGCUCCGCCUUGCAAACGCUUGCUCAGUACCGCUCCGGGGCCUGUAAGGAAUCCAUUUACUUUGAUGGGCACUUUUCCAUGUACGCCCGCAUUAGUCGUGGGUUCCGAUGGGGAUCUCUGUCCUGCAUCGUCCCUAUGCGUCAAAGACUCCUGCAUCCUUUCCAAAACGCACCCACUUUGGACCUGGCAGCUGGGGGGCCAUGCCAUCCCCAUGCCUCCCAGCCUGAAAUUCCGGGGAUAUGGUUUUGAAAACGUCUAGAUGGAAGAUUUUAAAUUAGUUUAUGUGCAACGAUUUGUCUUUGGUAGAGGGAACAGUAUGGAUGGGAAAGUUAAAAUAGAAUAUAUUCUGAAAAGAAAAGGAAAAUGAUCUCGCCAUCUUAAGUACAUAUACUUGGAAAUAACCUUUUUGGGUUCAGUGGCCUUUAAUUCCAAGUCAGGUGAUAAUAGCAAUUGAUGUUUAAACUCAUUUGCCCCAAAGUAAGACUGGCUGAAAUAGAUAAAAAUGUUUUUAAAUAGAAAAAGUGCAAUCAAAUAUAUAACUAUUCAGGAGGAAUUAUGGGAUUUAAUUAUGUACAAGUGGCUGUAAGUUUGAAUCUUAAAAGUUUUCAAAAGAAUGGACUUUUUGAUUCCCAAAUAGCUCAAGUUGUUUUUUAAAAAAUCCUGAAAAUCUCCAUCACAUGGCAUUUCUGACAUUCCUUUAUUUAUAGCAGUGGCUUUGUUUUAAAGAGCCCAUCUAAUCAGUAAUUCUUAAUAAAAUUACACACAUUUGAAAAUAUAAAUUUAAAAUCUUACUUGACAAUGAUUACAGGGGGCCAAAAUAAAUGAUUAAAAAGAAAUGUUGACAGUAAGAGAAAGUAACUUGAAAAUAAAGCUGAGUAUAAAUAUCUAACUUUUAUGCUUUUAGUUGGGGAUACAGUGUUUUUGUUCAUAUUGCACAUUUAUAUUGUAGGGAGCUGCAAUAACAAUAGUUAAAAAGAAGAAGAUACAGGCUGUUUGGAGAAAAUCUGGUCUCCUUUCCUUUUAACAUGCAGUAGUUUGUUCCAUACUGUGAAAUUUGGAAAAGCUGGGGGGGGGGGUGUUGUAGGGAAUGAGAAAGUUUCUGGAGAAGGCUCCCCUCCCCUCUCCAAGUGAAAGACCCUUCUAUUCUCUCCCUCCCCCAUUAGCAGAGUUAAAAGUAUGCUCUCUUCCCAGCCCCCAACUUUCUUCCUUAAUUUGGAAGAGAAAUGGAAUGGCCUCUCAACUGCAGCACAUUAAACUCAUCAAAGGAUCACUCCCCUCCCCAUUCCAUUCACUUCCUGAUUAAAACUUAAGCAAAGCCAAUCUUAUCCCCAAUACCAGAACUUUGAGAAAAAGAAAGGUCUCCACAGUAAAUUAUUCCUCCCCCCUCUUUCGAUAAAGAAAAACAGGGCAAAAUUAUUUUAAACCAAAAGUAGAAGCAAAAUCCUUAUCUUUCCUGCAUGAAGGGAAAAAAAAGUUGUUUAAAUUUUUGCAGCUUUUCAAGCAAUUGUUUUUUGGUUAAUAGAUCCCUGACAUUAGUAGCCCAAAGUAAUAUUCUGUUUAUUUAAACAUUUGCUGUAAAGAAUAAAUUGGAUCCAGGGGUAAAUUUGAAUGAAACACAGGUGGACAAUUUGAUCUCCAAAGUAAAAUGUAGAAAAGAGGAAUUCUUUUGUCUUUGUCAGAGAAAACAAGUGAUCUCCUUCCCUCAUGCAAAUAGUUCUUUAUUUCAUUUGUAAUAAACCCCUUUGUCUUCUAAAGAUUUCUCUGUGUCACCAAAAUCAAAUCAUCUCCAAAUUCAGAUUGAAAUCUUCAUCUCUGAGAGUACAAAACCUUUAUGACUGUAAGAGAGAUAGGUAUCUCUUCAGUUUCAAAAUCUUAUCUCAGGGAAGAAAGAGUUCAGUUGCUCCUAAAUAGAUCUGGCCUUGCUACACAAUCCAUAAAGACCACAGGCAAAAAAAACGUUGUUUAAAAGUGCAAAACAAAUUUAAUUAGGAGGUAAGUCCUUCUGGAAUUACUGGACCUUAAACCCUUAAGUCUACAUGAUUUUAUCUAUAAGUAAGCUAUGCAUCAACUGACUUUAUUCUCAACUGUGCAGUCAAACAGUAACAUAUUUAGGAAUUACAAGCCAAUAUUUGUCUGCAUCUAUUAUUAAAAUAGGCUUUCCCAAAGAAAGGGACAAAAUCUUACUGGGAUGGCUGAGUGAAAUGAAUUGAUUGAAAUGCUAGAUUUUAUCUAGAAAGAAAUUCCGGCACUUUGAAUUUUACAAAUUGAUUUCUAAGUGCAACAAUGAAACAAACCAAAUAUGGAAUGUAUAGAAAUGUGUAUGAUUUUUAAAAAAAAGACUCAUCCAGAACACAAUCACAAAAAUUCUACACUGCAAUUUCUACUAUUCCCCAUUUUGGUUAAUUAUAUGGUAUUUAAAUUUUGCAGCUAAAUUACACUUUUUUUUUAGGUUGUUAUACUAUAUUCUCAUCUACUCGGGAGUAAGAAGGAUUGAUCUCAACAGAAUUUUAUUUCUAAAUAAACCUGUUUAGGAUUACUGGGAAGAAGUGAGAGAGGAUUGUCUUGGAACACAGCUAA